AUGGCAAAACACACAAAAUCAAAAAUAUUUCUUCCAAGAAAAACUAAAACUAUUCCUAACAGCAAACAAACUCAUCAUAAGAAAAUUGACAGCGAUGACCAUGAUGAUAAUGAUGAUGAUGAUGAUGACACAUUUUCAUCUCAUUCUACGCUUUCUAUUGAUCCCAAGCAAUCGUUAAUAAAUAACACCGGUCGUAAUUUAUACAUAUCAGCUAUGAAACAAGCACAUGAAGCCAGACAUCAAGCGAAAAUUCAACAACAGAAUAGAAAAGCCCCAACGAUCAUUGAACGUCAAACAAUGUUAACCAAGACAAAGCCAAUAGCAAUCGAUGAUUUCAAUCGUUUAUUUGAAGAAAAACGUUUACGACCGACAACAAUGAAAAAUGAUUUGAUGGAAAUUUAUCAAAAAGCAACAAGUCGUGUGCGGUCAAUUUUAGAUAAACAAGAAAUCGAUCAAUUUAUUCGAACAACUGAGAACAGAAAAAAUAUCAAAUAG